AUGGCAUCGGAUCACUACUGUCUCAGCUCUCCGGCUACAGAAAUUCGACUCCUUGACCUACUUGAUCCAACGCCUUCUGGCGCCCUUUCUGGACAAGUCAGACGGGUCCCCAUCGGCCAACCACCACCGUUCAUCUCGGUUUCUCAUGUUUGGGGCCAGAAUCAGGCGGACCAAUCUAUGUAUAUCACUUCGGGCUGCGGCAACAGAAACAUCUCAAUAUCACGUAACCUUGAAUCGUUUCUCAUUGGCUUACUUUGCCAUACUCCAACUACACUGCCACACCUCUGGAGCAAUGGGUCCCGGCUUCCAAUGUGGAUUGACAUGGCCUGUAUCAAUCAGGCCGAUUUAGACGAGAAAGUAUGUCAAAUUCCUCUGAUGCGACAAAUAUACUCCCAAGCAACUUCGGUCUUUAUUUGGAUCCAUGAGUAUGACAGCCAUAUUCGAUAUGCAUUUCACUAUAUUCGGCAGUUGCUUGAAACCGGAAUUGAGGGAGAUGGCGAUCCUCCCAGGACUCGAUUCGAUCCUAUCGGCUGGGACGCAAUCAAGCGCCUUCUGCAAUGCGAAUGGUUCAAUAGGCGAUGGGUUAUCCAAGAGGCAGUGAUCUCUGCAGAAGUAAUCAUCCUAUGUGUGUCUGACUAUAUGAAUUUCGACGAUUUCCUACGCGGUGUUGAUCAUGCGACAACUGCUUUGGUGGCAAGGCCAAAAAGCAUGAAGAUGCUCAAGGUCGCCUCGACUGGUGAAGUCAGGCCGUUGCUUGCAAUGAGAAAAUUACGGGACUUCGCGAGGAGUUCGCGACAUCUCAGUCUUCUCUGGUUGCUUGAAAACCUUCGAUUCACGCGCGCGAGUUUGGCUCACGAUCAAGUCUAUGGGCUCCUGGGCUUCUGCAGCCUAUCCGAAGCUGCUGGAAACCCCAUUCAAUACCAUCGUAGUGCAGAAGAAGCAUACCAGAUUUGUGUCAUGACGCAUGCGCAGUUGUACAAUGAUCUCAAUUUCCUCGGCCUGUGUACUCAUACUCAAAAGGAUACAAUAUCUGAUGACUUGUCUGGGACUUGCUUUCCCCGCCCCUUCGAAGGGCCAUCUUGGGUACCCAACUGGCAUUCAAGAUAUCUUCGUCGAUGUCUUGGUCUCGGCGUCUUAGAACACGAUCAGACAUAUUUUAAUGCUUCAGCCACGCUCCCGGUAGAGUUUGCUUUCGAUCAAAACAAGCUAAUUGUAUCAGGUGUUUUAGUGGAUCGCAUCCAGGCAUUAGCUGAUUUUUCCGCCUUGCAUCGAAAAUCGGACUUAUCGGACCCUGACGCAAAAGUCUUCCAGGAUUAUUUCGAUUUCUGGGCGCAGGUAGCAGAUAGACCAGCACCAUAUGGAGAGAGAGGUGCUUGGGCAAGGGCAUUUACUCGUACACUGAGCCUCAUGGGAGUGUACUUGAACCCAGUACCCAGACCAGAUGACAUACCCACAAUGUUUUGGCACUGGUGCCGCAAUACAAACAUGGGCAACCAGCUGGAGGGCAAAGCACUCAGUCUUCCUGAAGUAACCGAUAAUAUUGACCAACGAGGGUUCGCUAGAAUGAAGCGACUUUCAUCGUGGCGGCCAUUUAUCACGGUGAAGGGCUACAUUGGGCUUGCGCGGGAAGAAGGUCACGUAGACGACGAAAUCUGGAUUAUCGGCGGCUGUAGCGUUCCAGUUCUUCUAUCCUCUGCGGAUCAGCGUGAGGUACGCGGCGAAGUGUUUCUUGAUGGUUUCAUGUUCGGGGAAAUUGGAGGAAUCAUGGAUAGAAUUUCUAUAAGCAAGGCAACCCUAGUUUAG